UAGCCGAUAGAAUUGGCGGCGGCUUACAAAUGAAAAAUAGGCCGGCACGUCGCCGUUUCACAAUCGACCUCUGGCUCAAUCCCAUAAUUGUUGUUUUUAUAAAAAUUGCAAUAAAACAGAAUAUAAAAAUUAAAAUAAAACAACAAAACAAUGGACCUUGAUAGUCCAGAUGUGGAAAAAGAAUUUCCUGGCCUAUAUGCGUCUGACGGAACAGAAGGAAGCAAGUCAAGGAAAAUUAAAGACGAAAGUGACUACAGCGAAGGUGAUCACGAUAAGGUAAGUAAGAAAGUUAUUGGCCGCCGCAAGGACAAAAAGGAUAAAAGCAAAGAUAGAGGAUAUGCCGCUCUAGAGGGAGAAAGUUCGCCCGAAGAGGAAUUAGAUGCAAAAAGCCCAUCUAAAUCGAAAAAAUCGAAAACUUUCAAGUUCACAUCCUCCAAGAGCAAGGACAAAAGGGAAAAAUCUCGAGAUAAGGAAAAACUUGACAAGGCGGAUGACAGGCAAAAGGAUAAAAUAGACAAGGAUAAGCACUUGGAUAAGGACAAAGAAAAGGAUCACAAGAAAAAGGACAAGGAUAAGAAGGAUAAAAAAGAAAAAUCCAAAGAUAAAGAAAAGGACAAAGAUCGAAAGGACAAAAAGGAAAAGGUGAAACAACAGUCGAGCAUUAAUUCGGAAGAAGUAUUGGAAUUGUGUUCGCCGGUUUUUGGAGUCUCCGUCAGUUUGGCCACAGAACGCAGCCGGUGUCAUGACGGCCUUGAUUUGCCAUUGGUUGUGCGUGAUUGCAUUGACUAUUUGCAAGAAUAUGGCUUGAAAAAUGAUCAAAUCUAUAGGGUGGAGCCGGCAAAAACUCGUCUUCAACAUUUCAAAAGGCUUUACAAUAAUCGCGAAAGGCUCACCGAGUCCGAUGAACUAGAUGUGGCCACAGCAUGUGGUCUGAUGAAGUUGUUUUUAAAAGAAUUACCGGAACCAGUUUUAACAACUGAUCUCAUUACGAGAUUUGAGGAGGUGGCCUCUCACCCCAAGGUCACAAAACAGCAGGAGGAAAUUACUCUACUUUUGGAACAAAUGCCAAAGUGUAAUAAAAUCUUAUUGUCCUGGCUACUACUACACUUUGAUUCUGUUAUACAGCAUGAAAAGUAUAACAAAUUAAAUGCCCAGUCUCUAGCCAUGCUGUUGAGCCCGCCUCUGCAGAUGUCACAUCGGCUCUUAGUGACAUUACUUUGCUAUUGUCCCACCCUGUUUCCGGACGUUCAACUUGUCAAGUAUGUACCACCCAUAACAUCAUCCAGCCCUAAACUACCAGACACCCCGGAUGAAAUACAAAAAGAGCUAUGUAAACAAGAGAGUUUAUUGAAUCAAAUUCAUUCUGAAAUGAAUGCUGGCUAUGUGACCAAGAAACGUGAGGAACAGCUGUGGGAGGUGCAGCGUAUAAUAACCCAGCUAAAGAGAAAACUGAAGACAUUUGAAAGGGGUAAAAGUGAAAAAUCUAUAGAUGAGGUUGAAACGAAUGAUGAUGCUGUAGAUUCCGCUUCAAGGUCACAAAAUACAGAGAAAAUGGCAACAUUGAACAAACCAGAUGGAGAUUCAGCCAAGUUUCAGAAAGUAGUAGCAUUGGAGAUAACUGAUAAUAGUAUAUCUCCGAAAAGUAAUAAAGAUAUGCCAGAUGUUAACAAAAAGUUUGAAGAAUAUGUCUCAGUGGCACCUCCAAACAACACCACCGAAGUCAUGUAUAUGGAUGAGGAUACUGGUCUACUAAUGGUUUCAAAAUCUCAUCCCGAUUAUGCCACUUUGCUCAGAUUGCAGUUGGAAAAUCAAGAAUUAUUGGCAUGGAAGUCCCAACUUCAGGCACGUAUAAGUGCCGAAAGAGCUGAAAUGUUGCAAUUAAAGCAGUUAUUACAGCAACAAAUGAAAAAUAAAACAGCUGCUGUCGCCACCACCACCACCACAAAUUCGACUCAAGACAAUGUCAUAUCCCCAGCGCCCGGAACCGAGGACUAUGAACGCAUUGUUGAACAUUUCAUGCGUGAAAAUGCUCUGCUGGAAAACAAAAAGUUGAUGUUGGCCAAAGAAAUAUUCGAAGAAAACAAACAAUGUAUAGCCUUGCAGGUUGAACUGGCAAUGCAAAAAUUUUCCAUAUAAUUCGCACACAUUACCAUCACCAUGGACCCAUCAAAAAUACUCAAACAUGACACAAAUAACAUUUGUUCUAACCCUAUACUAUACUCAUCUCACAUUAGCAAACUAAAACUCCUCCUAUAACCAUGAAUGUAAUUCUAAUAUUUACGUAAUUUCAAUUUAAUUGUCGAUCAAAGCGAAAGGCUAAAUAAAAGUAAACACAGCUGUAAAAUA